ACACAAUGGGCUAUUGUUCGCAUUUUUGUAUUUAGAGUCGUCGCCUCUUUGCGUUAAACCCCUUAACAGGUCUGCGACACACGAACGUGCUAUAUGCAAUAUAACAAAGGCUACGAGAGCUCGCGUGAACAACAUACGUCAGAACUCAUAGAUUAGGGUAUGGAUAACGAACGAAUACGUCUUCAGGCGACUGUUUAAAGAAGUUACCAGGAGCACACUCCAAUUGCUGAACGCAACGCGAAAGGACCUCAACCGGAAACUUCAUUUCUCCACGUAACGCAGCAAGAACCCCAGAACCCUUUCGCAGAGUCCAAACCUUAUCUCAUUAUUUUGAACGAAGAGGAUUAAUCGGUUUCCUCCUCAACUUUAUUUUCAUAAGACAUAUUCUUUUUGUUUCAAUUCUCUUAACGGUUUGCACUUUUUUUCAAUUCAAGUUUUCUCAUACAGUUACAGUUCAGUUUUUGUCUCUGUUAUCUCAAUUUUUUUUGUUCGAUAACUUUCGGCUUCGUCUUGUUUUUCCUUUUUUUUUUUUUACUUUAUCUAUUUUUCUUAAAAAACAACAAAGUGCUUUGUUCAUUGAAAACAAACGGUUGCCACGAGAUCUUCAACAACAAUAGCUUUUUUGUGACAAAGAAAACCGGCUUAGCGAAGAUUCACAUUCACUACACCAUUGUUGCUCAUACACGCACUCCCGUCACUAGGCACUACUACCUCACCAAUAGUGCAUACAAGGCAACGUAACCCGAAAUUACCCAAACAAUACUUGAAAGGCCGUUAAACAGCACGGAUUUUUACUAGUUUCCCUUCCUUUAACGGGCCGUUUCGCUCUUUCUUGUUUAUACAGCCUGGACAAACGUCGUUGCCCGCUGUGCUAACGAACGAUCUAAUUUCGGUCAUUUAAACGAUCAGGAACUGGAUUUUUGUUGAAAAAUUGAACAGGAAAAUUGGAAGACGUACUCUCCUCACACAGUUAUAACGUAGGAACAGAUUUGUCUGCGUACAAUCCUCUGUGUACGUUUUUUUUCUCGCUCCCCUUAACAUACACACACACACACGCUUUCCCUCUACAUGGAACCCCAAACGCCGCCUGCCCCUAACAGAUGUGUUGCCGCCUCUUCUCCUUCAUCUCCACUUUACGGUCGUCUUGACUUGCUACCGGUGUUGCAAGAAAGCUCACACCGGCCAGAGGACACUUUUGCACGAAAAAAGAAGGGACAUGCCGCCCAAAUCUUUCCAUUAACACCAGCAAAAACUCCUAAGAAACGACUAUUUUCUGAACGGUCAGUGUUUAAUGAUGCCAACGGCUUUUGCAAACGCCGGACGGAGCCACCUUCUGCAUCACUGUCAACACUUUCAGAACCUCUGCUAAAGGAAGACGCUGCCAACAAUCCCUUUCUUGAUUCACGCCCAGCGACUGCACCGAGAACAAAACGGAGGUGCUCGCCUGAACCUUGUUUGCCAGAUGAGAUUGUUUAUGUUUUUCGUGGUAAAAAGGUAAAGAAAAGCGUGCCGCGCGACAUGAACCUGCGCUCUAUGAAACCAAGACUACUUUUCCGUUCCCGCACUCUUCCCUCCUUAUCACCGGAAAACAACCCACACCCUAGCAACAACCCCAUCCAUUCUUUUGCUAAUGAACGAUCCCCAACCAACGUUCCUCCUUCUACUCCUUCCCGCCAUCGAGUUCCUGGUUCCGCUACCUCACCUUCGCACAUAUACCGGUCGGCGCUGAAUCACUCACCACCGCAACAGAAGCAACAGCUGCGACCUCCUCGGCCGCCUUCUUUCCUUCCUUCCGUUGACUGUUCCCUCGUUGGUGUGCUACAGCCCGAAUCCUGGGAAAAUGCGUGUGGCAGUCUAAGCACUAACAAUUCGUCAACAAACUUAUUCUCGUCCAGUUAUGGCGGUAACGAAAACGCCGAUACCAGUUCAAGUCCAGUGCAUUCCCAUACUCAUAUUGGCGGGCAUAGCAACAAUAGUCCUCCAUCGUCUUCGUCACGCAAUUUCCGUAACCAUUUGCCGCGGUAGUAUCACAGCCUCUCUCCAAAAAAUGUUUCUAGUAUUUUUGAUUGAGGACAUUGUGUCGCUCGUUUUAAAAUGAUGGUUGAUGAUGUGAAGGAGUUUGCUCGUCGCGUUUGUUUAGGGAAGGUGUUUUGGUUUGCGUCUUGGUGUUGCUUUAUGUCCGCGUGUCUUCUUCCUUUUUUGUGCUUGCCGCUUUUCAUCAGAUUCAUCUUUCUUACGCGGCUGUGUUUUACAAGGAGUGCUCCAACAGACACAUACAAAACACGCACUACGGCAUUGUUCCAUUUGGCGUACAACGUGUCUCGAAGCCGAUACUUCGUCUGCUGUUGGGUCCGUUCGGUACAGGUUUUCCUACCCGCAUGUAUACCUUGGACGUCAGGUCUUGCACUGAACAUCUACUAUUUCUAAUGCGGUGCCUAGCCAACUCACGGCUUUAGGUCCGCAGUCUUUUGCUUUUGCUUAUUAUUUCUGCCAGAUCUGUGUGUUCCACCCGCCUUUCUCCCUCCGUUUUACCCGAUGAGCUGUUUGACGUUGCCUGUGAACCGGAAUAACCAUUGUCCGCAUUCUCGCCGUCGUACAUACACACUUUGUCAUUCUCUGGUAUCAUUUUGUUUCUCUGUUGUUUACGGUUCCACGUUGAUUCUUGUUUAUACUAAGUUUUCGCAAAUCACUUAAUGUAUUCAUUCUUCAUUAUAGUAACUACCAAUUGUCGA